ACUUGGUCCUUCAAGAGAAGUUGUUUUGAAAACGCCAGUGUUCAAAUACACACAGUCCAGAAAGGGGACAUCGGCUUUAAUCAUUUAACCCUCUCACUAGAAGGCCAGCCGAGUUGUCUUCAUUAUCGAUCAACUUAAUGCUGUGCCCUUAGGCCAGCGUUUCAAAUGAACAUGUCUCUUGCUCAAAGAGUCCUCCUGACAUGGAUCUUCACACUUAUAUUCCUUAUUAUGCUGGUCCUGAAGUUGGACGGGAAGAUCUUUUGGAGCUGGUUCCUCAUCUUCCUUCCUGUCUGGACCUUUGAUCUUAUUCUCCUCCUCAUGCUACUUGUCAAAAUGGCAGGCCGCUGCAAGCCGGGCUUCGACCCUCGCAACGGGGCGGAGAACUUAAAGAAGCGCGUGUGGUACCUCGUGGCCAUGCUGCUUAAACUGGCAUUUUGUCUGACGCUCUGUGCCAAAUUAGAAGGCCUAAUGGACAUCUUGGUGAGCUCGGUUUGCGUCCCUCUGUGGGCACUGCUCAUCGGAGCUAUGGCCGAACUGGGCUACAACGUUUUCCACUUCAGAAGAGACUGAACAUAUGAACGGCUCAAGAGUGACUACGCUGAAUAGCCUACGUUUCAUGUUCACAGUGAUGCAGGGAGGGUUACGUAUUUUGGCUCAGUGGUGAGUUUCCACUCAGGUGACUGAAAUGACUGAUUGUGAAUGUUGCUCAGAAUAUUUAUUGCAUUUUAGUGAAACACUGAGAUCAUUAGUGGCAUAACAUAAUGAACAUUUGAAAAAUAACCGUUAACGUGCUGCAUACACACUGUUUGUUCAACCAGUACUGUAACACAACAUGGUUUGCUUACUGAAACGACAUACGUUCUACAAUAAUGGUGUAUAUUUAUGAAUCUGUGUUUCUUUACAUGCACUUAUGUUUUGCAUUGCAGAAUUUACGUAAUACAUGUUUACAAAAUGCAAUUUUAAUUUUCUCUUGUGCAGAGUCUGUAAAUAAUAAUAAUAAAAAGUAAUA